CCGCUGUACAAGGAAGCAACAAAGCCCCAAUGCAAGUUUCACAUAAGAACACGCCUCCUGGUUUUGGCCAAUCAGGGAUCUAAAUAAGAAGCAUCACUGCUGAUCCCAACCAGGGCAUUGGACCACUAACUGAAUCUCAGUCUGAGAGUGAAAGGAGCAACACUAAAUACGUCUUAGGAAACCUGCUACACCCAAAACUCUCCAGUUGUAUUAGCAAUUGGUGGCUAUGUCAUCGCCUUCCAUCCCUCUUCCCCCAUUGCCCCCUAGCCCCCUGGCCAUGGAGUACUUAAACGAUUUCGACCUGCUCAAGUUUGAGUCUGGGUUGGACGAGCGGUUUUCAGACGAGCAGCUCGUCAGUCUGUCUGUGCGCGAGCUGAACAGGCACCUGCGUGGUGUGAGUAAAGACGAGGUGGUGCGUCUGAAGCAAAAACGCCGCACCCUGAAGAACCGAGGUUAUGCUCAGUCCUGUCGUUACAAACGACUGCAGCAUCGACAUGCACUCGAGUCUGAGAAACACAUCCUCACACAGCAGCUGGAGCAGCUGCAGUGUGAGCUGUCCCGUGUUUUAAGAGAACGAGACGCCUACAAGGCUCGUUACGAGAAGCUUGUUAACUCCAGCGAGGCCCAGCCCACUCAGACCAACAACCCACCUUCCCCUCCUACAGACUAUUUCCUCUGAAAGGAAAGCAGGACUCCAAACUGCCAAACUGAAAGAAGAGAAACGGGCUACGUCACCGGGCCACCUAAGCUAUCAGAAAAAAAACAUUGCAAAGACAUGAUGGGACACUAGAUAAGG